AUGGCCCCUGAAAAGCAUACAAAAAUGAGAAUAAGUGGUUUUUCGAAGGACUACAAGUUCUUAGAUUACUUAAAUUCAUCUCUCAAGCCACCAAAUCCAAAACUAGAUUAUUUCAACUUUGCUAAUAAGUUUUAUGGAACAGAAAGAGCUACCAACAAUUAUUACUUGGAUCUACUUGACAAGCUUUCAAAAAAUCAAAGCAAUAAAUUAAUGAAGAUAGCCACAAACGCAAAAAAAUUGUUUAAUGUUUUUAAUUCAAAUGAAGAAGAGGAACGUGAAGAAGAGGAACGUGGGGACGAUGAAGGAACCUCUAUUGCUUUACAACAGUUAUCUGAUCUAGCUUCUAAUAAAGUUGGACACUUGAAAAUAAUCGACUUGUCGUCUCCAAUAGCAAUGGAGAUAUUAAAAUCUGAAAUUCCAGCUAAGAAGUUCAAUCGGAUUACUGCUGCAACGAAUAUUGAGUCCAUCACUUUAUCUAAUUAUGCUACACAUAUGUUGAAUGCUCUUAAAAGUUCCUCUCUGUCUCCAUCACUUUUAAGAGAAGCCUUAUAUACAAAUGGCUUUAAGCGAGGUUUUAAUUUCAUUCUUCAUUUUGAUGUUUCUUUUAUUGAAGUUACCACCCGCUACUUCCUGGAUUUACUGUGUUCGCCUAAUAACCCUCUGAAUCAAACAAUCCUCGAAAGAUCAGCGGCGACAUAUUUUAUUAUUUAUAUUGUAAACCAGUUAUUUAUGUCUGAUAACGAUAUAGUUCAACUUGAUUGGUUAGAACGCGAAUUCUUUGCUAUUGAUAAAACAAAGUGGGACGGCGUGCUUAUCAAGGUCGGCAACAGGUCCUGUUCACCAAGUUUGAUAGAGUUUUCUGGUGGUUGCAAUGAUAAAACCCCAAGUAGCAAGAACCAACACGAUAUCACAAAACUUUAUUCAAAAAUGGUUAAAAUUCUCAAGAAGCACCCCUCAAACACAACAGAGCAAGUAUUUUGUUUACGUUAUUAUGCCUGUUAUAAGAAUUCGCUGUUCCGAUCUAUUCAUGCAUCAAUUGAAACUCCCACGACCCCAAGGAAACUUGUUGAAUACAUUAAAGAAGUUCCAAAGAUCCUGGCUUAG